UGAAUGGGCGUGAGAGAGAGCGUGAGGGACUGAGCAAAUCAACCUGCCUCUUUUGACUGAACAACGGGAUGGAAGAGCUGAGUUCCUAGCCACACUGAUCAGAGAGGAGUUUUAUUUUUGGAGAGGGGAAGAAGGGAGCAGACAAGUGGAACCGAAGAGUUAGAAGAAGGAGAAAAGGCAUCAGAGUGGGGAUAGAUAGCAGAAAAAUGCUGUCAUGGGGAGAGGGGGAGGGAGCAGACAGAAAGGAACAGAAUGAGACCAGGCAGGGUGGAGCGGAGCUGAAAUGUGGAGGUGUCCAGUGGAAGAGACCAAAGAGAAGCAAGCAGGUGCUGAGGGGUGGGAGCUGAUGGAUGACAGAUCAGAGAGGCCAACACACACGCAAAUCCUCCCCAACCCAGAGGACAGAGAGCUGGACCAAACCACAACUGGACCAAACCACGACUGGACCACACCACGACUGGACCACACCACGACUGGACCACACCACAACUGGACCAAACCACGACUGGACCACACCACGACUGGACCACACCACGACUGGACCACACCACGACUGGACCACACCACAACUGGACCACACCACAACUGGACCCCACCACGACUGGACCCCACCACGACUGGACCACACUACGACUGGACCACACCACGACUGGACCACACCACGACUGGACCACACCACAACUGGACCACACCACGACUGGACCACACCAUAACUGGACCACACCACAACUGGACCACACCACAACUGGACCACACCACGACUGGACCACACCACAACUGGACCACACCACGACUGGACCACACCACGACUGAGGCACACCAGAAUAGUAGUCAUCUGCAAAGCCAAAGCUGGAGGACGUCCUAAAGGAACUUGGAAUGGGUGUACGUUUUCCAGACCUAAAACAUAUUAUUGUAUCUGAUACAAUCAUCUAAUAGUCCUUUGCAUUUUGUUAUUGAAUGUGGAUGAAGACCACGUGUAGUCCUCUUACUCAUCAGGCUUGACACAGUGAGGAGAGAUAGUUGGAGUCGGAGUCUGAGGCACCAUGCAGUCUGACGACCUCUUCCUACGCAAGUUUUGCCGGCAGAGGCCACGACCCCCUCUGACAACGGUCAACUUUGACUCUAAGCGGGAGGGUGGGGUGAGGGCGCGGGUGGUGGCAGGGGAGUGGCCUCCGAGGAGGGAUGGAACAGAUGGGGAGAGUCUUACUACUCCGAGCUGUGUGGGUCUGAACCUGAGGUCAGUGGGUCGAGGACACAUCAUGCAGAGAAGCAACAGUGACGUGACGCUGGGAGACCUGGACUCCUCUGGUAAGGCGGGAGGGAAGGCAACACGGGCGGUGGGGGAGAAGGCAGGUGCCGGGGCCCAGGAGGACUCAGGGGUGGUGCUGCACAGGGAGUAUGGCAGCCUCUCCUCACUGGAGAGACAGAUAGGUCUGUCAGGAACCCAGGACCCGAGUGCAGAGGACCAAGGCGUUCUGAGCCCCAACGCCCUCCGCUUCAAAGACCCCUUUCUGCUGCUGGGCCUGCAGGGAACCCCCCCAGAGCCUGACGGCUUCUUCAGGGCUCUGUCCACCCCCGCAGGAGACACCCCAAAACCAGCCAAGCCCCCAAAGCCUGAGGGGCUGAGCAAGAAGGCCAAGCCCUCUCCUCCACAGAUCCCCCAACCAGGUCCUUAUGACAACCUGGGUGGAGGAGCCUGGGUCAGGAAUGUUGCCCACUAUGAUGUCCAGAGCAUUUUGUUUGACCUCACAGAGGCGGCCAGCAACCGAGACAGCAUCGGCCGCAAAAAGAACAUCACCUCAGGGGCAUCGGCUGCCUCGACGAUGCGUCCCCUCACCCAGGCCACGCCCUCGCAGACCGGGGGCGGUGUUGGGGGGGCUGUGGAGGACCCCUCCCUGGACGAAGGAGAUGGCAUCGACAACGAGCUGCUGCUCAGCUGCCCCCACUUCCGUAAUGAGAUGGGGGGUGAGGAGCGGGCGGGCCUGGGGCAUACGCAGGGCAGAGGGGGUCUGUGGCUAAGCCUGAGGAACCCCAACGAUGCUGUCUCAGUACUGGAGGAACCCAGAGAGAGCCACGUCCAACAGCAGGGCAAGAGCAACUAUUUCAUAGAACACGCAGACCUGGGAGCCCACUACUACCGCAAAUACUUCUACAUGAAAGAUCAUCAGAACUUCUUUGGCAUGGAUGACCGCCUUGGUCCAGUGGCCAUCAGCUUCCGUAGAGAGGAGAAGGAGGGGUCUAGUGGAGCUCAGUAUAACUACAGGAUCAUCUUCAGAACCACUGAGCUGAAGACUCUGCGAGGCUCCAUCCUGGAGGAGUCCGUGCCCUCAGCGGCCCGCCACACCACCCCCCGAGGCCUGUCUCCCAAGAGGCUCCUGGAGUUCAUCAUCCCAGAGCUCAACCUCCACUGCCUGCGCCUGGCCUCCACCUCACCCAAGGUCCGAGACACCCUGCUCAAGCUGGACGAACAAGGGCUGAACUUUCAGAGGAAGGUGGGGGUGAUGUACUGCCGUGCAGGCCAGAGCUCUGAGGAGGACAUGUAUAACAACGAGAGCUCGGGGCCGGCCUUCGAGGAGUUCCUGGAUCUGCUGGGGGAACGGGUGAAUCUGAAAGGCUGGGAGAAGUACCGAGCUCAGUUGGACACCAAGACGGACUCCACAGGGACCCAGUCCCUCUACACACACUACCAGGACUAUGAGGUGAUGUUCCAUGUGUCCACCAUGCUGCCCUACACGGCCAACAACACACAACAGUUGCUGAGAAAGAGGCACAUUGGGAAUGACAUAGUGACCAUAGUGUUCCAGGAGCCAGGGGCUCUGCCCUUCACUCCUAAGGCCAUCCGCUCCCAUUUCCAACAUGUCUUCAUCAUCGUCCAGGUGGAACAGUCCUGCUCUGACCAUACCUACUACAAGGUGGCGGUGACACGCUCCAAAGACAUCCCGUUAUUUGGGCCUCUGUUCCCUAAAGGUGCUCGAUUCCCCCGUUCCCCUGCCUUCAGAGACUUCCUGCUGGCCAAGGCGGUGAAUGCUGAGAACGCUGCCGAGAAGGCGGAGAAGUUCCGCUCCAUGGCCACGCGUACACGGCAGGAGUACCUGAAGGACCUGGCAGAGAACUACGUGACCACCACGCCAAUCGACUCCUCCACCAAGUUCCCCCUGCUGUCCCUGGGGAGCAAACGCAAAGAUAAACUGAAGGGGGCCAAGGGGGCAGAGCUGCACAGUGCUGGGGCAUUGGUCUGGGCUGUGAUGGCCACCAGUGGGAAUGAGGGGGAGACAGGAGGACACAAGCUGCCCUGUCUACUGGGGGUCUCAGCUGAAUCAGUGGUGCUGAUCGAGAGAUACACACGGAGGGUGGUGUUCAACUGCUGCUGCCGCGAUGUGAUUGGCUGGAAGGCGGUGAUAGACAGCAGGGCCAUAGGCGGGUCUUGCCUGGAUAUCUUCUAUGAGAGGGGGGAGGCUGUGUCAAUCAGUGUGAUGGACAGCCAGGCGGAGGAGAUACGGGAGAUGGUGCAGAGACUGGAGGUGGGAAUUGGUGACGCGGGGUGCGAGGCACGGGAGGUGACCCCCCUGCGUGACGGGGUCGGCCAGCCAGGCUUCCUGAUGAGCGAGGAGGGCUUUGUGACGGAUCUGCAGCGGUUCGGCUAUGCGGAGAGCGGGGGUCUGCAGCUGGGGGCGCGGGUGGUGCGUCUGUGUGGCCACGCCCUGGUGCACCUAGGACCAGAGGAAAGAACCAGACUGCUCCGCACCGCCCACAAGAUCCACAUCACCGUCAUCCCUCCAGAUGAGAACGGCAAGCCCCGCAGGAGUUUCUCAGAGUUAUACCAGAAAGCCAUCCAGGAUGCAGAGCGUAAGCCUGGGGAGGGCCAGUCUGGAGAGGCCUGGGUGCUGGACGAGAGGGAGGAGGAGGAAGAGAUGGAGGAAGAGGAGCGGGAACAGGGAGAGGGGAAGGAGGCAGAGACGAUGGAGGGACCAGCAGAGGGAGGAGAGGCUGAGGACAGGCUGUCAGAGACUGGACAGGGUGAGGAGGACCAGGGGGACCAGGGCUCCCUCCUCUCCCCACCCAGCCUGCCUCUGUUACGGGCCACCUCCCUGCAGGACCACCCACUCAACCAGACCGUGGAGAUCACCCCCUCCCAGCUAACACGCAGCUACUCCCUAGAGAGGCACCCGUCCUGCCGAGACAUAUGUGACAGGCAUGUGUAUGACAACGUGGGUGUGAAGCUGAAACAUCACAUCUAUGAGAACCCAGGGGAGCUGAGAGACGCCACGCCUGACCUCAUCCUGGCUGUCAAACCCAAGAUGCCCCUGGACGAGGAGCAGGCACAGAGACACACACAGUUUGUGGGGGCUGAGUUGGGUGAGGAGAGGCCAUCAGCGAGUGACCCCUCCCUGUCCUCCACCCGGUUGUCAUGUCUGAACAGAGCGGAGAGAAACUCCCGAGCCCUGAGCCUACACAACUCCAUCACCAAGAUCCUGUCGGAGACCACAGAUUCCUCAGAGGAGGAGUGGCAGUCUAUAGCUGAUCUAGCCACAGCAUGCCGCAGCAUCCUAGAAGCCUUGUCACGUGAAGCAGGAGAUGGGACCCAAGGAGCAGACUCCCUGACAGAUGGCAAGCUAAAGGACAUGAAGGACAGUGACUCACCGGGCCACCUGGAGGAGAAGGUGUCCCAGCUGGAGGACAUGCUGAAGAGGCUGCAGGACGACUUGCAAAAGGAGAAGGAGGACAAGGCGGUGCUGCAGGCCGAGGUGCAGAGCCUCAGGCAGAAUAACCAGCGGCUGCAGGAGGAAUCCCAGAGCACCGUGGCCCGCCUCAUCAAAGUCACCGAGCUGCUGUGCAAUGUCAACAAGCCCUGCUAGCUCUGUCACAGUACACACUAUGUGUACACAGACACACAAACAAGAUCACACACAAACAAACAAACGCAGACAAUCAAGAUCAUAAACACAUUCCGGACACACCACAUUCAAUAUUGUAUACAAACACCCAUGCACAAUACAUCAACAUACUCUAUUACUGUUGCUCACUGUAUAUUAAUACAGACACACACACACACACACACACGCAUAAUACUCUGCAUUCUGUAGAAUGAUAUUUGAACUCUGGACCAGCCCAUGAGUGUCAAACCAACUGAAAAACAACCCUGAGUCAUUUCUCACCAUCUGAUGCUCUUCUCAAUAGCUUGACCAGUUGAGAGGCAUAUCCAGGGUUGCUCUUUACCCAAUAGUGUGUUUCUUUGUACCGUGAGUGUGCGCGUGCGUGCAUCACCAUGGUUAUUUUAUCUUGCUUCACAUACUUGACAAGUUGGGCAGAAUAGCAAUUGCGUAAAGCUACCCAAUUGAUUUAGAUGAAGAGACACAUGUGCAGCAUGUUUGAUGGCUGUUUAUUUCAAUUGACCCAAAGUGUGUGUACAGUAUGUAAACAGUAGUCUCUCUCCUCUCUGCUCAACCCUCUCCAUGAUAUGCAACGUCUCGGACUGAGGACAAACAGCUCAGCUGUGCACCAUUAGAGGGGAUGGCCUUGGAGCUACAUAGGGAAAAUGACAUGCAUGCAGCCUGCUUGAAAAGACGGACUGAUGCAUACUGACCCUGCCUCUCUCUGCCAACCUGCUCACAGAAUGGUCCACUGCUGAUGACGCCAAUAACAAUAUGAGAUCAGAGGAGGACGGGAUUAUUCCUCCUCCAAGACUGUUCUGCCAAAAGACGCCAGGGCAGAUCUCCUACACCCCACUCAGACCACUGGACCCAGCUGUGACACGCCCAAAAUAACUAGACUUAAAAUUUGGAAGGGAUGCCAAACAAUCGUCAAUCACACUGUCUCAAUGCUACUUUUUAAAGACCUACCCUUUUACAUCCUCUUGUGAUUUUAUUUUAGAGUCACUGUGAUUGCCCGGUACCAGCAGAUUACAAUAUAUUCUAAUUAAAUAAAACAUCUCAACUUUAUCUAUAUGUGAAGAUGACAUGUACAGCUGAAGUGUUCAAUGUUACUUAGCGCAUUCGGUUGUGUAUGCUGUCCAUUGCAGGAUGGUUUAAUAUGCAGACUAGUGUAAAUGUGGCCAAACAGGCUGUUUGAUCCAUGCUGUUUGAAAUGGUGAUGCCUUGUUGGAAAUGAUUAGUAGAGUUGAGAAGUGGAAGAAUAUCUGAUGUUUUACUGUGUUCUUCUGUAUAGUUCUUUAGAUUCUAGGGAGGUUGUUGAAGCAUGAUACUGCACCAGGCAACUUCCUAGCUCCCCUGUGUGUGUGCGUGUGUGUGUGUGUGUGUAUGUAUAAAAAUGUAAUAACUUAUUAAUCUUGCAAAUGUGGAAUUCCUUGUUGGAUGUUUUAAUACAGGGGGGGGGAGGGAGGAAGCAAUUACAUGUGCUAAAAAGUUCAACUGGUAUGGUGGGGGUUGGUUUUAAGGAAUAAUCUUUUUUUGGUAGAAAUUCAAACAUAAGACAGCAGGAAAUAUAUUUCUGCAAUGUUCUAGUAUUUCUUGGGGAAAUAAUAUUGGUUAUCAUUGUCAUAUUACUAUUGAGCUAUUCAUUCAGAGCUCCUACGUUCACAUUCAAUAAGGUCUCUAAAGCCACUAGGUACGUGUUAAAGAGUGACUCUCAGACUGUCCACAGAGGACCGGACAGACAACAUGGUCAGACUGGUUCAUGUGAAGAACAUUCUGCCUACCUGAAAGUGUAAUGAACGGUAACUCAGCUUGGUGUCUUCAUUUCAGUUCUUUAUGGUAGCAGACAGUGACAGGUUGUCCUGUACCCUCCAGAAUAGACAGGUGUGUCUGCCACAUGACAGACGCAGAUGUACGGUUGGUUGGUAUGGGGUCUCUCCAGGGUCCGCUCUGCAGCCCGAAUUAAAUCUAAAAGAAGACCUACAAUAAGAUGGGUUUAGGGACCCCAGGAAAUUGUCAAAUGGGUUAUAUGAAGACGAUAUGAAGUUUGUGUUUUGUUAGGUUAAUGGGAAUUAUUCUGUAUAGCACUGGUUAAAGACCAGUAUCUCCAACCCUAUCAAAAUAUAAUCAUUUGAUGCAGAAAAACUUUCCACAAUAAUUUGGACAAGUAUAAACCAUCCUCCAAAUCACACUCUUGAGUGCACUUUGAAGACCCAUUUAUGCAUCACAGAACGUAUGUCUGACACCUAACACAGAACGUGUGUCUGACACCUAACACAGAACGUGUGUCUGACACCUAACACAGAACAUGUGUCUGACACCUAACACAGAACAUGUGUCUGACACCUAACACAGAACGUAUGUCUGACACCUAACACAGAACGUAUGUCUGACACCUAACACAGAACAUGUGUCUGACACCUAACACAGAACAUGUGUCUGACACCUAACACAGAACGUAUGUCUGACACCUAACACAGAACGUAUGUCUGACACCUAACACAGAACGUAUGUCUGACACCUAACAACACAUUACAGAUAGUAACAAUUCAAUAGGCUUUCACCUGCUGUAGGCUACUUCAGCUGGCAAAUGAUCUCCAACCAGCCAAUAGGAAACCUGUGAGAAAGAUCCCUGGUAGAGACAUGUGGCUGUUCCCUCCUCCCCUCCAUGCUGUAAGAGCACAGAUAAAUGAACAGUGUUUUCCUGUUAUCCUCUUAUUGGUUUGCCUUUUAUGUCAUGGCACCAUCCUUACAGGAAACCAUGGCAUCAGUAUAUGCCCUACUUACCACACAAGAGCUGGAAUGUCAAGAUAGAAUACAGGACAUGAUUACCAGUAGAAGUACACAUGAAGUCAUAUCCUGGUGUAGGUUUACGGCAGGCCUGGGCCACACAUCAGGUCAGAACGGUAGCACACAUUAUGCACUCAGCUCAGCCAGUUAAAGACGUUACCAUAACCAGGCAGUGGCACACUGAGGGAAUGUAUUGUAAAACACAAAAACAUGUUUUCAGUAUGAUGCCACCUCUAAACCUGUUCUUUCCCUCACAGGAAGUCAACUGACUAAAUGUUGUUCAUGUACUGUGAACUGGAGGACAUGGCAAUAAAGAAUCCUUUAGAAGUGA